AUGGAAACUUCGCAGCUUCCAUCGCUGGCUGGCGUCCCCAGCUCUGCUGAUAUACGGCUAGGGGAUGUGUUGUCAGUCAAUCGCACCCUGAGCACGGCGGCGUGGUGCCGUAUGACUCGGGAACAACGACAGCAUCGGGACCACCAUCGACACCGCGGCAAAGUUGCGAAACACCUCUCCUCGUUUGACCAACUACCACAAUUCCAGCGGGCCAAUACUGGACCUGAUAUGCUCUUUGAGCCAAUCUAUGCUUAUUUAGAAGGGCCUUUGUGUGCAUCAUCAUGCAGUAAAAAUCGCCUUGUAGCACGGGCGCAGCGAGAAACUCCAGGUGUCGAGAUUCACUAUGCAACGAUCGCUUCUGGGAACCAGGUCAUCAGAAAUGCCACAACCAGAGACCGGCUCAGGUCCGAGCUCGGCAAUGUGCUUUGCUUCGAAAUGGAAGCUGCAGGCCUGAUGAACUCCUUCCCCUGCGUUGUGAUUCGUGGGAUAUGUGAUUACGCCGGCUCUUAUAAAAAUAUAAACUGGCAGCCCUAUGCAGCUGCUACCGCUGCAGUGUAUGCAAAGCAUCUCCUCUCAAUUGUACUGCCCGCCGAGGUGACACAAGUAUCUAGCCUCCUCAAGGCCAGGCCUGUGACGAUCAAUAAGCUAGUUGGAGCACUGCUGGAGACGCUUCAGAAGGUCAUCCAGCUGAUCUUGGAUAUUGGCAACAAGCUGAUCAAUAUCCUCAUCUUCCGUGUGCUUUACAAGGUUAUCGCAAAAAACAAUCUCACUGUCUUCGAUGCCGUUUCCCUCAUCAUCGCCAUCUCAACCACCAUAUUCACCAAACUCAUCACCCGUUUUGUUCCCCCAGAGAUCCCGAACCUCGAUGCCAAAUUGCUGGACGGAAUAGUCCUGGACAACAAAGAGGUCGCAGUUACUCCGCAGAUGAAGUUGGACUUCAACAUCUUCACCACGGCUCUCACCGUCUCAGUGGGGUUAGUCAAAACGGUCGUCAACCUUAUCAAGUUCGCGAUUUCCUUGGCCAACAAGGGCACUGGCAGUGCUAUGAAGACCCUGGCGGGAAGUUAG